AUGCCAACGUCAGAGACUGUUACCCAGUAUGCCAUGCAGGUGGAGAGAGGUCAAGGAAAGUUCAAGGACUUGUCCCCUCUGAGACUAUCCCCAGUGAACCCUGUAGUCUCAGACAAAACCAACUACUACGGCAUCGAAGUCCGUGAAAAACUUAUCUGGAAGGAUUGGGAGAAAGGGAAAGAAUAUAUCAAAACUCUUGUUCUGAAAAACUUGGGUGUGAAAACUCAGAAACUAAAGUACAACUUUUUCACAACUCUGUAUCCAAAACCAAUUUUUCUGAGUGCUGGAGCAAGUUUCACUUUGCCAGUUACAUUCAGGCCUCUGGAAGACGUUGAAUACCAUGACAAAAUAAUUUUUGUGUUGAAGGAUGGCUCAGAGUUUGAGAUUACAUUGGAAGCCUUGCUGCCCCAGAUUGACAUCUGCUUGCCUAUAAAUCUGGACUUCAAGUUGUGUGCUGUCCACGACACUAUCUUCAUCAUGUUUGAUGUCUUCAACACAGGUGACUUAGAUACUCUGCUCAAGUGGGAAGUCAAUGAUCCAUUUGAGAUUGAACCAGUAGAAGCCGAACUCAAACACAGGAGCAGUUUAACUUUCAGAGCAACCUUCAAGCCAACGGCUGCCAAUGUCUAUGAAGCCUUUGCCGUUUGUAGAUUUGGCAAAGAUCUACAGCUAUUUGGACAGACCACCCUUUAUGGUAUUGGCAAGUACCCACACCUGCUGGUAUCCUACCCUGUGGAGAGAAUGGAGACAGAAAACCCCAGCAAGAAUGUAGAUGGAGAAACUGAGAUCAACUUUGGGAAUGUUGCGGUGGCUUUCACUUGCCAGCUGUUUAUUGAGCUUCAUAAUGUAUCACCGGUACAAACUCCCUUCCAUGUGACGAAAGUCCCAGGCAUGAAUCACUUGAAUACAGUGUUUCGAUGUCUUCAGACACGUGGCGUGGUGCCUCCAAUGAGCCAGAUGCAAAUACCAAUUGUCUACAGUCCCCAGACUGUGGGUGUCACAAGCAUCAAUUACUUCACCAUUACCUCUGUAGGUAACUUCAGCCACAGCAGGAUCAAGUGUGUGGGUACAGCCAAAGGUCCAUGUGUGAAGUUGAGCACAUACUGUAUCACAUUCAAGGAGACGGAUCUGGGUGUUUUUGCUGUGGCCUUGUUUGAGAUUAUCAACAGUUCUGACAUAGAAGCUGUGUAUCAGUUUGAAGUGGACUGUGAGGAGUCAGUGUUCCAGUUCUCAGUGGUCAGUGGCUUGAUAAAACCAAAUUCUCAAGAAACUGUUCAGCUGCGGUUUGUGCCACAGUAUUCCAUUGUCUAUUACAGACGAGUUGCCUUUUUGGUUCAUAACCAGCCUCCACUGUUCCUUGACAUACUGGCAACAUGUCACUCGGAGACAGCCAAGCCUCCUGUACUCAGGAAACAGCACCUGGUCCGCUACCAAACACACGUGGAGAGAGGACUCUCAGUGAUUCCUCCAGAGCAACUGAAUGAACUGCUGCAAUCUGGACGGCUACAAGUGGAUGAGAAGGGAUGUCUAGAUGCCAACCUCCGAAGUAACCCAAAUCCUCGAGAUAUCCUGCCAAUCAAUGAAUAUUUGAAUGAUGGCUUUCACUGUGAUCUCAUUAAUAUCCUUCCACAUGCCAGCUUGGAUGUCAACAUCCUUGAUUUUGGAAAUGUACAGAAUUUGAGUUUUCCAGUGGAAAGAACAGUCAAUAUUACAAAUCAUACCAAGGGCAAAGUGACAGUUCAGUGGAUGGGAGAUUCCAGCCAUUUGUUUUCAGUCAGCCCAGUGACUCUAGACAUUCCUGCAAUGAAGUCAUGCUCAUUUCGAGUCAGCUUCAAGGCUGAGGCAGCCAACAAGAUGUCUGGGAAUGAGCUGGAGUGCUUUGUCUUCUACAAGUCCAUAAGAGACUACAGGCUGGUCCAGGAUCUGACCGUCUGCCCCCCUUGGUGCCUGACUCUCAAAUGUCUCUGUCACACUUUUAUGCCGAACAAUGACACCUUCUUGCCGCAUGCGGUCAUAGAGCCACGUGUGGUGGUGUUUUCAGCUGUCAACACAGGGGAGAGCACUCACGAGACCUUACUGAUGGUCAAUACUGGUGACACCCCUAUCUUGUACGACCUGACCUUGAGCUUUACAGGUCAGGGCAAGGUCAGAUGUGGUACCACACCUCAGACAGACAUGUUUAUGGUGAAACCCAACAAGGGCCUGCUCAAGCCUGGAUAUCAGGUAUUCUCCCUGCGGAUGACCCCUACUGCCGUCAGCACUUUCAGCCAUGAUUUGCUGUUCAGACUCAACGAUCAAGAGAAAUUGCAGUGGACAUUUAGUCCAGAAUCUAGUCAAUUUCUGUGGGUGCAGCCCGGCUCUGGUGUUGUCCAACCUAACCAGUCAGUGGUGACCAAAUAUGGACGGACAUUCAGUCCAGCAGAGAAGAAAAAGUCUGUCAUAACAGCAACACUUGUGGUUUGGGGUCAAGGUCUCAGUGUCCUGUCAUCUGGUGGCAACAAACCAACAUUCUCUCUUCAUAUCAUUGGUGAGGGAUCCUACGCAGAUUUGCAGUCAUGGAUGGAUUUUGGGGACAUCUUGGUUGGAAGUUCUGCAUCCUGUCCUUUCAACAUCUUUAACAACAGCAACUGCAGUCUGCACUACCGACUGAUCAUAGACAAUAAUGACCGACAGACAACACCAGCGGAGGCCAGAAGGCUUGGUUCAGUAGUAGACAAACCAGGUGUGGAGUUUUCCCCGAUGACCGCUGAAGUCCCUGCCAGGGGCAAACACUCUAUCCUAGCUACUAUCAGACCAACCAGACGUAUGCAGUACCAGUUUGCAGUCAGCUACCAGCUUGUUGCUGCAGACGCCGCACAUCCAGCAGCCCUAGAGCCCCAACAUCUGAUACACCUGCUGGCCUGCGGAGUGUAUCCAUCCAUGACAGCUGUGGAUAUCCAUGCUCGGGGCAGCGGCAUCAACAUCAGCAAGAGGUCCUUGUGGAGUCUGUUCUCUCUCAAUGACUUCAAUGCUUACCUGGACUCAGAUCCUACAAGCACUGAACUUAUUCAUAGCACAGUACCUCAA